CCAAGGAAAGGGAGCGGGGUCUCAUUCACCAGCUAAAAAUAAAAAACGAAAACCAUAAAAUGGUGACAUUCAUUCAUUAAAGAAAAGGAGUGGGUUUUAUUUGGUCUGUCAACUCUCGCUCGCUCUCUCUCUCUCUCUCUCGCGCUGUUUGGCAUUGCCAUGGCCGAAGCGCGAUAGAGCGAGAAACAAAGUUUCAUAGUCUGAAUCUCGUUAGCUGGGGCAGUUCAACGUUGACGCGCUUUCUUUUAUUCAUUAUUCAUCCGCCCCGAUUUGUUAUUGAAGUUGGGUAGAUUUGGGAAUGGCAUUCGCGCUCUGAUAAUUUCCCUUUCGUCACUCUUCUCUUCUUCCAUUCUAGGGUUGGGGUUUUUCUCGAUUCACUCUGCUUCUUCCCUGUUUAAUCCGGUGGUUCUCGACGGAGUUUCGCUUUCGAAGGUGAUACGCUGGAUGGUUAGGGUCCGGGCAUCGAAUUUGACGACGCAAAUGGAGGCGUCCGGCAGCAAUUCCGAGGCGUACAGGAGUUCUUUGCCUGUGAAUGGUGGUCAUUCUCGAAGAUACGGGAUAUUGUCUGCUUCCAACAUCAUCCAGGCUCCGAUUUCGGCUUUGUUAGAAUAUUCCGGUCUUCUACGGACGGCCAGGUCGUCUCAACAAGAAUCGGAGUCUUUAAUAAGUCAAAUCCAUAACAAUGGCCCCGAUGACUCUGGUACCGCCUCUCCAGUGGCUGCCAGCAAUGGCGAGGUUGCAAUUAGGAUCAUCGGCGCCGGUGAGAAUGAGAACGAUAGGGAGGGGUCCGGGCUGGUUGUUGGGCAAGUUAGGGAAGGAGUCGACGGUCAAACAGAGGUGUCUCUUCUGCCAAUCGCGUCAAAUAUACAACUGGAAGGGGCGGGAGAUAAUAGGAGUGAUCGUGAGGCGGGCGAUGGAGUUUCACAACCGGAGAGUGCUAGUGGUGAUGGGGAAGCUGGUGAAGGCGUUGGGGCUAACGGAAGGGAUUCGUCAUACCAGACAUAUGAUAUUCAGCAAGCUGCAAGAUGCAUUGAGCAAGUACUACCGUUCUCUUUACUUCUCUUGGUUGUGUUCAUUCGCCAGCAUUUGCAAGAACUUGCAGGGUUCUUUGUUACGAUUUGGAUUGCUGCAGUCCUGUACAAGUCAAAUGACAUUUUACGGAAACAAACUGCUUUGAAGGGAGAAAGAAAAAUUUCUGUUCUUAUAGGAAUUUCUCUUGCAUUCACGGUUCAUAUUGUUUGCGUUUAUUGGUGGUAUCGAAAUGAUCUUUUGUAUCCAUUGGUCAUGCUUCCCCCCAGAUCCAUGCCACCUUUUUGGCAUGCUAUUUUCAUUAUCAUGGUGAACGAUACCUUGGUGCGCCAGGCAGCAAUGAUACUCAAGUGCAUUUUAUUGAUUUAUUACAAAAACAGUAAGGGCAGAAACUAUCGCAAGCAGGGCCAAAUGUUAACUUUGGUUGAGUAUCUGAUGUUGCUGUACCGAGCCUUAUUGCCAACACCAGUCUGGUAUCGUUUCUUCUUGAAUAAAGACUAUGGCAGCCUUUUCUCAUCUUUAAUAACUGGGUUAUAUUUGACUUUCAAGCUGACUUCUGUUGUUGAGAAGGUGCAAUCUUUCUUUACUGCGUUGAAAGCACUUUCCCGUAAAGAGGUGCAUUAUGGAGCUUAUGCAACAACAGAGCAGGUCAAUGCAGCUGGAGAUUUGUGUGCUAUAUGUCAGGAGAAGAUGCAUGCUCCUGUUCUGCUUCGUUGUAAACACAUCUUUUGUGAAGAUUGUGUAUCAGAAUGGUUCGAACGUGAGAGGACUUGCCCCUUGUGCAGGGCCUUGGUCAAACCAGCUGAUCUCAGGUCAUUUAGUGAUGGGUCAACCAGUUUGUUUUUCCAGAUAUUCUGAAGUCUACUGUAGAGAAAACGCGGACUCUGACUGCUUAAAAUUACUUAAAGCACUUGUUCGGAGCACCUCAUUGAUGAUCACUCCAUCUGCACAGGUAUAUUUGACUGUAUUUCUUUUCCCACCUUGUUUAUUAACUACUAAGUCAGAGACAGAAAUCGGAAUCGACUAGAGGAAGUGAAGCCAAACUUUCAGCUUGUAUAUUGUACCGGGAAAGGUUGAAUGUAUCUAAAUGCGGCCCUUUAGAUACAACAGAGCUUCUUCAAUAUUACACGUCCAUGUUCAUUAGGUCAUAGAGUUUUUUUUUAGGCCAAUAUAAUUGUAAAAUUCUAUUUUGGAGUGUUUACUGUGAAGUUUCUAUACUUGGACAGAAGGGCGGACGUCCGAUUCUUCUGCUUGUUGCAGUCUGAACUAGAAGAAAUUCUCAGCUUGACCUCAGAGUUUUCAGGGAAUACGAAUACUUUUUUACCCAGUGUUUUCAUA